ACAAACGUCUCUGCCACUUUCAUAAUUCACUCAUGUCUGAGGGACUAGAACGCGACUUCUCCGGUGAAGAGGGGUUCAUCCGCCGGUUUCCCAUCCACCGCGCGUGUCGGGAUGGAGACGUUGGCGUUUUGGUCUCACUGUUCCAGCAGCUCUCGAGCCCGGCUCACCUGACGGCGGAGGACUCGUGCUACGGGUGGAGCCCCUUACAUUGGGCUGCUCACUAUGGGCAGCUGGAGUGUGUGGUGCGCCUGGUGCAGGUGGGUUGCGAGGUGAACGCAGUGACCAGCCGCUUCAACCAGACAGCGACGCACACGGCAGCGUUCGGAGGACAUCCUCACUGUGUGGUUUGGCUGACUCAGGCUGGAGCUGACGUCAACGUGCAGGAUUUUGUAGGUGAGGCUCCCAUCCACAAGGCGGCUCGUUCAGGUAGCCUGGAGUGUCUCCAGGUGCUGUUGAUAGCAGGUGCUAAACCACAAUUAAAGAACGCCAGCGGGCAGACGGCAGCGGACCUGGCCCACGGCCACGGCUUCCUCGACUGCUUCCACUUCAUCUCCAAAACCAAGAAGCACCUGCUGCAGCUCAGUGGACUCCACGUGAGCGGCGUGCACGAUGGGAACACCGGGCCGUGUGGUCAGGGCCUGCUCAGCAGAAAGAGGCUGCUGACAGCCGUGGACACUGGUGACAUGAAGAAAGCCCGGGGCGCUGAUGUGUUGGUGCAGAGCAGUGGAGGUGAGGACCAGGAGAUGAACAUGAACAUGGAGUCUGCACAGGAGAUCCACUCAGAUGACGACACCAAAGCCAUCACCAACGGCCAUCAUCGCACGCCCUCUGCUGACCGGGGGGAACCCGAGCCUCCACGAAGCAUCUCCUCACAGUCCUCCGCUGCAGCCAAUCAGCAGGCGGCAGCAGCAGCAGCGCCCGCUCAGCACUCCUCUGCUGACAUGUGUGGCUCUCUGCAUCUGAGCGGCAGUCCCAGCAGCUGUGUGUCCCACCGGCCGGCCUGGCGGGGGCUGAUAGGAGCAGACUGCAGGGACUUCCUACAUUACGGACACUACCACGGCUUUGGAGACACGGCGGAGGAGCUGAGUGACAGCAGCUGCAGCAUCCAGGCUGAGCACAGAUACAAGCAGGCUGUGGCCAGCGCCAUGCAGCUGUACCACGACUGAUGCAGGCAGAGGCUUCGCCUGCUGCAGACAGGGAGGGACUGCUCCUUUAAUAUGCUUUCUCUUAACUUGCAUUAGUGGACACUCAAACCCAGAGUCACUACCAGACAUCUAGGACACAUUUAACCUAUAGUUAACUCAAUGUCCACUCGCUAGCUUUUUCAACCGCAUGUCAUGGUCAUCAUCAGUGGAUGGAAGAUCAGGGACGGCAUUCACAUCUGACACCAAAGAGGAUCUUUGAACAGAGACGCAGCGCCCCACCCCAUAAUGCAUCGCCCGUCUCUUGCACCAAAAGAGAAAGAAAUCUGUCCCUAAAUAACUCAAACUCUAGUUAGAAUAAACGUAUUCUAUCUGGAUAUAGUCAACAUGUAAAUGUACAAAGAUAGUUGUGAUAAAGGGGGCAGGUAGCAUUGGAGCCUCUUUUCCCCCACAACUGUUGGGUGAAUAUAUAUAUAUAUAUAUAUAUAUAUAUACAUACACACACACACGUUAUGUACCUUUUUAAUAUACAGUGCGUACCUUUUAUACGGGAUGUACCAUUGUCAUACUUUAUGACUGUUGGUUUACUUUGCUAACAUUGAUAUGAAACUGAUCCGAGUAGUCAGACUGCUCCUUUAAGGCCUCAGCGUUAGCAAGGACAAUGUGAGACGUCUAUAAAGCGAAGGUCAGAUUUGUGACUCAUUGGGUGUGAUGGUGCUAACAGGUUUGCUCAUGUUGCAUUGUAAAAGACCAUUUUGCCUUUUGUUUCCAGUUUACAUAUAAUGUUAACUUCUUGUAAAUGAACAGCUGAAGGCGUGGACUGUUGAGGGUCUGCACCCCCGAGUGACCAUCACACACGUUCUAUAAUUUAACUGGGACGUUCCUGAACGUACUGUAUUGUUAUUUUCUCCAAUGUAUUUACAUGGACUCUGUUUUGCUUUGCACUACUGAGGACUCUGUGUGUGUGUCUCUGUGUGUGUGUCUCUGUGUGUGUCUGUCUGUGUCUCUGUGUGUGUCUUGAUCUACCAAAGGGAAUAUGUUAACAUUUGUCUUUUGUUGCUUUGAUUUUGAAAUUUGUUAUUUAUGCGUAUAUGGUAUAGUGUCAUUUUAUAAAGCAUACUGUCGGCUUUGUGGGAAUCUUUUUGUAAACAGUCAGCUGUGUGCAGUGCUGCUUCUGACAACAGUUUUUAUACUUGUGGUGUUUUGGACUCUUUUGCUAUUAAAACAUGUUUUGCAGUUUCAUAGAA